AUGGACCCUCUUUCAGUCGCAGGCUCAAUUGUGGGCAUUCUUGCGGCUGCUGCCCAGGUGUCUGCAAACAUCUCUACUCUGGUGGGAAGGAGCCGAAAGGCACCAAAACACAUUCGGAAAGUAAAGGGUGAAGUCGACACUAUUCGUUCUAUACUCCACCAGCCCCAUGCUCUAUUACUUGGAAGCGCAACAACCUGUCGCGGACGCACAUCACUGAUCUUGGUUGAUCAGGUCGUGGUGACAUUAACUGCCUGUGUCAGUGCCUUCUCAGAGUUGGACGUUAUGGUGGGAACGUUAGUUUCAGACGAAAAGCUUGGGCUCAUAGAUCGAUUCCGGUGGGCUACCAAAGCUGCCGCGAUCAAUGAGAGCUUGAAGAAUUUGGAGGUUCAGAAGAGCACAUUGACUCUGAUGCUCAUCAUACUGACCUACGCAUCCUCGUACAAAGCUGAAGAUUCAGUAACCAACCUUGUACGACUCGUGGAGACCAUAUUAGCUGGUCACGAAACGCUAGCUAGACGACUAUCCAACACCGAGAUGACAUUGGGACCUACUGCCAAGACUGAAAAUCCGACGCAAAAUGACGACACAGAUCUUCUAACGAUUAGCGCCAUCACCCGGAAUCAGUUCGGUUUAAUGUUUGAAGACGAGUUAAGUGGAUCCGGGUGUAUCAGCGGGCAGCGCGAAGAGUGGACGCCGCAUCUUCCAUCCCUGUCGAAUAUCUCUAACCUCGCCGUUUUGGCCUUGCCGAUCCAUGCCGAGGAGAUCAGCAACAGAGAGUUUUAUCAGUUCGGGAAAGUCGAUAUCGGAAAAGGCUCUAAAGCAUUCACUGUUUUCGCUUCAACGAAGUCACCAAAAUACUAUGCUGUUGAAACUGCCAACUUGACCGACGGGGACUCGAGUCCUAUUCUCGGGGCUCCUUUGUUAUCAGGCAUGGCAAUCGCUUCAGUUACAACUGGUUCUGUUGGAGAGGGCGGGAAGCUGUUUAUUUCGGGCCACAUUCCCACUGUUGCAAGAUGCUGCACUUAUAUAAAGGAAGAAGGCCAGAAGACGAAGGAGAUUUUCUUUAGAUCGGGCUCAGCAACACGGAUACAAGAUCUGAAAAAAAUAUUCAGCAGUAACACCGACCUUUGCUAUUAUGGCUCAGAAAUCCGAUGGCGAGAGUAUCAGGUGGGGGACGCUGCAAGUCUGCUCCUCCGUUAUCUCAAACGCCUGCUGGAGCCAAUCAUUCCGCUUGAUUGCUCUAUGACCUUCGCAGCGGUGUAUUAUGAAUUCACCUCAGCUAUGGAAGCCAACGAAGGUCGCAACUGGGCUCAAUUGGAUGCGCGUAAGAGGUUGUCAAUACUGAAUACUCUUAACUUUGCCCUUAUGACAACACUGCGCCUUAACCGCCAUCUGGUGCUGUACUUGGUUGACCUGCUCCAAGCAUGUGUUGAGUAUUCAAACCUCAACCUCAUGACGGCGGAUCGACUAGUUACAGUUUUUCAGCCUUCCAUCCUGACUCUUAGGCCGGAAGAGAUGUCAAUAGAAGAACACCAAAUUGCACACCAGGUCCUCGUCUUCAUGAUCGUGCUCUGGGAGGAAGGACAUCUUAGUGACCUCGUGAACGUGAGAGGAGAAUUGCCCUGGAGGUUGCAAAAACCCAAUAAGCACGUUUUCACAAAUCCAUGA